AUGAAUGAAGAGAAAUCGGCGAACUUGCAGACCACGAACACAUCUACCAGCACUGCCACGGAGAGAUGGUCACGACCGAGUAGAGGAAUGCUGAAGCUAAAUACGGAUGCGGCUCUACAGAAUAGCUCCAGUUCAAUGGGCCUUGGUUGGGUUUUAAGAAAUGAUGAAGGCAGGUUCUUGGCUUGUAAGAAUAUGUGCAUGCAUAGCAAUUAUACGGUGAAGGAAGCUGAGGCACUGAGCGUAAGGGAGGCUCUAAGUUGGCUACUGGGCAUAGGCAUGGGAAAUGUGGAAGUUGAAAUGGAUUCCCAAAUUGUUUUUAAUGUUUUGCAUUCGUCUUCGUUUAGUUCUUCUUUUGGUUUAUUAGUUGAUGACGUUAAAGAGUUAGCAGCCACGAUUGGUGGUGUUGAAUUCUUUUAUGCUAGAUGGAAUGCGAAUUGUGCCACCGACACUGUUGCGCGGGGGGCUUUUCUGUGUCAGAUUGUGGGGAGUGGUUUUAUACACCCCCGCACUUCCUUGUUAAUUGUCUUUGACUAUGACUUAAUGAAUUAG